UCUUUCUUUAUAUGUUUUGGUCUUCUUAUGGAUUCCGAGGACGAGAUGCACUACUAUGAUUCCGUGGACGAAGAUGACUACGAUGAAUACGAUUACGACAUGGAGGAUGAUGAUGAGCUCUCUCAGCCGUCUAAGAAUAGCUUUAAGGUGUUGAACGAGUCUGAUUUAAAGGAACACCAGGAAGAUGACAUCACUAGUGUAGCUGCUGUGCUUUCUCUAUCAAGAGCUGCCUCAACCCUUGUACUUCUCCACCAUAACUGGAACUUGGACUCGGUUAAGGAGGCCUGGUUUGAUAAUGAAGAUAAAGUCCGAGAAGCUGUUGGCUUGUUACCUGCAUCUAGACUAAUGGUUGUUGAGUCUUGGAACAAGUCGGGAGAAGUCAAGUGUAGGAUCUGUCUUGAAGCCUGCCCUAGUGAGAAGAUGAAGUCGGCUGGCUGUGGUCAUCUUUUUUGCUGUGAGUGCUGGGGAAGCUACAUUGGUAUAUCCACCGCCGACGGUCCGGGGUGUUUGAUGCUGAGAUGUCCGGACCCUGCCUGUCGUGUUGCUAUCGAUGGAGACAUGGUUGCGACAUUCUGCUCCGAGGAGCAUCAAAGCAAGUACUCUUAUUACCUGCGUAGGUCUUAUAUUGAAGCCAGCAAGGACACCAAGUGGUGUCCUGCUCCAGGUUGCGAACAUGCUAUUAGUUAUGAUGGUUAUGAUGGAAACUAUGAUGUUUGUUGCCCCUGCAAAUAUGCAUUUUGCUGGAAUUGUACUGAGGAACCUCACCGGCCUGUGGACUGUAAGACUGUGAAACAAUGGAUUUUGAAGAACAGCUCCGAAGCUGAGAACACGAACUGGAUAUUGGCCAACUCUAAGCCAUGUCCAAAGUGCCAGCGACCGAUUGAGAAAAAUCAAGGGUGUAUGCACAUGAUAUGCACACCGCCUUGUAAGUUUCACUUCUGCUGGCUAUGCCUUGGUCCGUGGUCCAAACAUGGUGAGAGGACAGGUGGUUAUUAUGCAUGUAACAGCUACCAGAAAGCUAAGAAAGAGGGAGCUUACGAUGAGGAGGAGAGAAGGAGAGAGAUGGCUAAGAGUUCUUUGGAGAAAUACACACAUUAUUUUGAGCGCUGGCAGAGCAAUCAAUCCUCGAGGCAGAAAGCUCUUGAGGAUUUACAUCAAAUGCAGACUGUGAACAUGGACAAGAUGAGAGAGAAUCAGGGCAUAGGCGAGGGUGUUGCCCAGUUUUUAGUGAAGGCUUGGCAACAGAUUGUUGAAUGUAGGAGAGUGCUGAAAUGGACUUAUGCGUAUGGGUACUACCUACCUGACCAUGACACUGCUAAGAAGCAACUUUUUGAGUACUUGCAGGGUGAGGCAGAAUCUGGCUUGGAAAGGCUUCAUCAAUGUGCCGAGAAGGAGCUACAGCCGUUCCUCGAGGAAGAUGGCCCGUCCAAAGACUUCAACGACUACCAAACAAAGCUAGCUGGAUUGACUGCCGUGACUAAAAACUACUUCGAGAAUCUGGUAAGGGCAUUAGAAAAUGGCUUAUCAGAUGUGGAGUCUCAGCAAUCUAGCAGUGCGGCAAAAGGUAGAAAAAAGAGGAAUGCGGAAACGGAAAUAGACAAGGAAGCGGAAACGGAAAUAGGCAAGGAUAUGUAA